AGAGUCUUACCACCAUCUCCACCGUCCGCCGCCAAUCCUCACCGCCGCCACCAUGGCCGCGGCCGGCGCCUUCUGCCCGCUCACCGGCGCCCUGCUCCGCCGCCGCAUCCCGCUCCACCACCACCGCCGCCGCCUCCUCGCCAUCACAGCCACCGCCCCAGAAGCCCCCGCUCCCACCCCAUCCCACCCGCCGCGCGCCAAGGGCUACUUCCCGAAGAAGAACGAGGUGCUGGAGCUCACCUGCGAGGCGCUGGCCUUCAAGGGCAAGGGCGUCUGCAGGGUGGACGGCUCCACCUUCGUCCUCCUAUGCGACGGCGCGCUCCCGGGGGAGCGCCUCCUCGCGCGCGUGCGCCGCCUCCGCCGCGGCGCCUUCGCCGAGGCCGCCAAGCUGAAAACGCUCGCGCCCCACCGCGACGCCGUCGUGGCCCCCUGCCCGCUCGCCGCCGACUGCGGCGGGUGCAAGAGCCAGUCCCUCGCCUACGCCGCGCAGAUCCGCCACAAGCACGUCCAGGUCCGCGACCUGCUGGUCAAUUUCGGGAAAUUUGACCCCACGACCUUGGAGGGCACGGAUCCCGGUGCCGUCCUGAAGCCCAUCGUGCCCUGCGAUGAGAUUUUUCGGUACAGGAACAAGAUGGAAUUCUCGUUUGGGACCAAGAGGUGGAUGAAGAGGGAGUGGAAGGAGGAGAAACCGGAGGUGGCCAAGGAGGAAGAGUUGGAGACUGAUGGUUAUUCGCUUGGGCUGCAUGCACCUGGGUUCUUCGACAAGGUGCUUCAUGUCGAGACGUGUUUGCUGCACAGUGAGCCGGCAGAUAAGGUUCUUGCAGUUGUUCAAGAAAGUUGGACGGAUCCGGCUCUUGGCCUCACGCCUUAUGAUGUCUACAAGCAUGUUGGGUUUCUCAAGCAUCUUAUGAUAAGAACUGGAAGAAACGUCGGCACUGGAGCUCCAGAAGUGAUGGUCAAUUUUGUGACAUCAUGUUAUACACCUGAGCUACUGAUGCCUCUUGUUGAUAGAAUCACAAAAAUACCUGAAGUGGUUAGUGUUGUAAAUAAUGUCAACACAUCUGUUGGAAAUACAUCUGUGGGUGAACAAGAAUAUACCUUGUAUGGGAAACCGACCAUUACAGAGAUGUUGAGAGGACUUACAUUCCAGAUAUCUGCCAACUCCUUUUUCCAGACUAAUACAAAACAGGCUGAUGUUCUUUAUAAGCUCAUUGAAGAUUCUGCUCACCUUAAAGGAGAUGGCUCUGAGAUUGUUCUUGACUUAUUUUGUGGAACUGGAACCAUUGGCCUGACCCUUGCUAGAAGGGCAAAGCAUGUUUAUGGAUAUGAAGUUGUCCCUGAAGCCAUUGCGGAUGCUCAAAAGAAUGCUAAGUUGAAUGGUAUCAGUAAUGCUACAUUUGUCCAGGGAGACCUCAACAAAAUCAACGAAACAUUUGGGAAGGAAUUUCCGAAGCCUGACAUAAUCAUAUCAGAUCCUAAUCGACCAGGGAUGCAUAUGAAGUUAAUCAAGUGGUUGCUAGAAGUUAAAGCCCCUCGAAUAGUGUAUGUCUCGUGUAAUCCAGCUACGUGUGCACGCGAUUUGGACUACCUGUGUCAUGGCGUGGAGGAGAAAGGUUUGACCGGAUGCUACGAGCUGAAGCGUGUAAUACCUGUAGAUAUGUUUCCCCACACUCCUCAUAUUGAGUGCGUGUGCUUACUGGAGCUGUGCUGAUUUUCACUUUUGUUCAGCUAGAGCCACAAGAUGGUUUUUGUUUGCUUCCUGGGCUUGCCUAGUGUUUCCCUGAUAAUGGUUUCUUCUGCUCUUCUAAGUUAUAACCAUCUUCUUGCUCAUGAUUCA